AAUUGCCCUCGUAUUUACUUCUGCAGUCAAGCUAUCUCCUCUUGCAGCUUGGUACUUUCUGAAGCCCCAUCAUCAUCUAUUAAGAGGGAGCAAAAAGCCAUUUUUUUCUACCAUUAUUUUUACUCCCCUUUUUUCCUAUCAAAAGAUCGAUUCACCUUUUUUAUGUUCCUGCACAUCUCAUGUUGGCUAGGGAAUUCUGCUACUUGGAAAUCCACAAGUCUUAAAAAGUGCCAAAGUUGGACACCUCUGGUCUAAAUAUUUUAGAAUACAAUCUCAAUUAACCAGUGCCAGAAUAGCUACAAAUCUGGAGGACAUGAACCUGAGGGAAAAAUUAUGCACACAAAAGACUUUUCCAUGAAAAGCCAAGUUGCCUUUGCUUAACCUAAGCUCUAAGAGGAUAAAAAAGCAAUGAAAUCCUUGGAUAGUUAAGGAUCAUAUUAAUGUCAUGUGGUGUUAGUGUUCAACCCCAACCUCUGCCAUAGUUGCUUCUGUAAUAAUCAUUGAUAAUUGAGAUUUGUAAUCCCAUCCUACACUGGGCACGAUAGGAAAACCUUGCUUACAUAGUUUGGUAGAGAAGCCCUCGACAUUAUUCCUGGUCAGUUUUGCAGAGGAUACUCAUUUUUUUUCUGCUCCCAACUAACGCCUACCUUCUUUCCUAAAAACCAUCAGCAACUACUUUUAGUUCAUCAGUGAGAGGCUUUUUCUAAGAGGGCCACAAAUUCUCGCUCGCAUAAAUUGCGACGACCGCUAGGUAGCAGGAGAGCAAGUUUCUGAACUCCAAAUCUACUAAUCUUAAUUCGUAACGUACUUAAAAUGCCCACUGCAAAUUAUUAAGGAGUAAAGCUUGAUUUAUACAACUGCGUCCAGAACUCAAGGUUUCACAAAGAAACGCCCCACUGCUUUUUCGCGCCCAGUGAAAAUGCUCGUUCCCGCCCUUUUUUUCUCACCAUCCAAUAGACUUUGAGAUCUUCCUCCCCGGCCGGUAUGCGACAGAAAAAGAGGAAAUAGUCUCCUAUUUUCCUCUAACGGAAAUACUCACGAGACGUAGGACUGUGGUAACCAAUGACAUACGCCGGCAGCCUAACCAGAGGUCAGAGCAACCAAUGGGAAACGAGCGCGCAUUGUCGCUUGCCUAGCCCUUAGAAUUCACACUAGUUGUUGCAGGAGGUAAAGAUGGCGGCCUCUGCUAAGCGUAAAUCUGAAGAAACUGAGGCGGGGAGCAGCGGGGGCAAGAAUCACCUCAGUAAACGAACCUCGAAGGAAAGCCAGCCGCGAUCGGACGAUCGACGAAGCGCAAAUACAUCGUUCGUCGAGGGCGCUAUCGUGAGAAUCUCCAUGGAAAACUUCCUAACCUACGAUAACUGUGUGGUGUUUCCAGGCCCUCAUCUAAAUAUGAUUGUGGGAGCUAAUGGGACAGGUAAAUCAAGCAUUGUAUGUGCGAUAUGCCUUGGAUUGGCAGGAAAACCUUCCUUUAUAGGACGAGCUGACAAGGUUGGUCAUUAUGUGAAGCGAGGUUGCAAUAAAGGAACAGUUGAAAUUGAGGUGCAUAAGAAGCCCAAGAAUAUUACUAUCACACGAGAAAUUUCUGUAGCAAACAACCAGUCAACUUGGUUUCUUAAUAAAGCCCCCUGCACUCUCAGAAUGGUGGAGGAACAAGUCUCAGCUUUAAAUAUUCAAGUGGGCAAUCUGUGCCAGUUUCUUCCGCAGGAUAAAGUUGGAGAAUUUGCAAAAUUGUCCAGAAUUGAGUUGCUUGAAGCUACAGAAAAAUCAAUUGGUCCACCAGAGAUGUACAAAUUUCACUGUGAUCUGAAAAACUUCAGGCAGAGAGAGCGAGAACUUGAAAAUUCAUGCACGGAAAAAAAUAGCAAUCUAGAAAAAAUGAAGCAAAAGAAUGAAAGAUAUAAGCAAGAUGUGGAGCGAUAUCACGAACGUCAGCACCAUCUAGAUUCAAUUGCAAUGCUUGAGAAAAAAAGGCCAUGGGUGAUAUAUGAAGAAACACGGAAGCUGUAUGAAGAGGCUAAAAGAACCCAAAAUAGACAGAAAGAAGAAUUAAGAAUAUUGAGACAGACCCAGGCUCCUAUGAUUCAUGAGAUCAGAGAAGCUGAGCAACAAUGUGCAGAACUGGAAGACAAAAUCAAGGAAAAGAUUGCAGCUAUCAAAGAAACAUCUCAGAAAUGUAAACAGCAACAGGAUGCUUUGGAGAAAAAAGACAAACAAAUUGAAGAUAUUAAACUAGCUUUAAGGAUGAAAAGAGAGGCAGAAAUGGAUCGGCAGAAGAGAAUACAAAACACUCGUAAGAUGAUAGAAGAUUGGACCAAUGAGCUUAGAAACACAGAGAAUGCUGAGAACAUUCAGCCUUUAAUGAAUUCUCUUAAUGCCAACCUUAGACAGUUGGAAGAAGAGAAGGCAAAUAUUGAUGGUGAAUUAAAUGAUCUGCGCAGAGAAAGGGAGAACUUGCUAAAAGAAAGAAAAGGUAUAGCAGACCGCAUUGCUCAAUUUGAAAAUCUGAUGAAUAUGAAGGAAGAGAAGCUGAGAGUGAGAUUCCGAGAUACACAUGAUGCUCUUAUGUGGCUAAGACAGAAUAGAGGGCAAUUUAAAAGAAGCGUCUGUGACCCUGUGUUACUUUCAAUUAAUAUGAGAGAUAAUAAGAACGCUAAAUAUGUAGAAAAUCACAUUUCUGCUAAUGACAUGAAGGCCUUUGUCUUUGAAAUGAAGGAAGAUAUGGAAAUAUUUUUAAAAGAGAUGCGGGAUAAUCGCAAACUAAGAGUGAAUGCUGUAUGUGCACCUAGUGAAUCAUUUGCUGAAAAAAGACCUUCAAAACCAAUUGAAGAACUGUACCGAUAUGGAUUUUUCUCUUACUUAAGAGAGUUAUUCGAUGCUCCCCUCCCUGUGAUGAAUUACCUGUGUCAUCAGUAUCAUGUUUAUGAGGUUCCUGUAGGAACAGAGAAGACUAGGAAUAUGAUUGAAAGGGUAAUAAAGGAAACAAAACUUAAACAAAUCUACACAGCAGAAGAAAGGUACACAGUAAAAAUAUCGCGUUACACAAAUCAGUCUGUUUCCACUAACACAUCAUUGAGACCAGCACAGUAUCUUACUGUUACAGUGGAUGCAGAUAAAAGAAGAGAGUUAGAAGAUAAAAAAAAUGAAAAUAACAGGCAGUUGCAAUCAUUGGAUUCUCAAAUGGCAUUACUCUCUGAGAAGCAGAAAUGCCUAGAAUGCAAAGACAACCAACUCCGUCAACAGAAAAAGGAACUCUUGGAACGAAAAAAUAAAAGGAAACAAUUAGAAUCAAAAAUUAGUAUGAAAUGUGAUAGUUUAAGACAGAUGGAACAGGAUGGCAUAAAUCUGGAAGAAGAAUCUGAGCAAGCAAAUGCUACAAUUAAGAAACUUAACACUCAGAAAGUAAAACUUGUAAUUGAUUUUAUGCGACUAAUAAAGAGUUGUAUGGCCCUUAAUGAAGACAAAACAAAUUUGGUGCUAGAGAACACAAUAGCUACUUUUCACAAAAGUAGGCUUGAUGCUGAAUAUAGAACUGCAACUGUACAACUACGAGCUAUGGAUCAACAAAUUUCUGACCUGGAUGUAAAGAAGAAUUCUCUUUUGAUGAAGUGUAAAGGUUUACUGAGCACUGCUAAAAAAGUUUGUAACCUUGGUAUGGAUCAAAACCUUCCAGAAGAUGUCUAUAAGGCAUUUCUGGACCUUCCAAAUACAGUAGAUGAAAUUGAUGCUCUGCUGAAUGAGGAGAAAACAAGAGCUUCAUGUUUCACAGGCCUCAGUGCUUCAGUUGUUGAAGAGUAUAAUAAAAGAGUUAAAGAAAUAGCACAGAUGACAAUAGAACUGGAGGAAAAGAAAAAGGAGCUGGACAGCUAUAGGCGAAAUAUUUCACAGGUUAAGGAAAGGUGGCUGAACCCUUUGAAACAGAUGAUUGAACAAAUAAAUGAAAAGUUCAGCAGCUUUUUUAGCUCUAUGCAAUGUGCAGGGGAGAUAGAUCUUCAUACAGAAAAUGAGGAAGAAUAUGACAAGUACGGGAUUCGGAUUAGGGUCAAAUUCCGUAGCAGCACGCAACUUCAUGAAUUGACUCCAUACCAUCAGAGUGGAGGAGAGAAAAGCGUUUCCACAAUAUUGUAUUUAAUGGCUUUGCAAGAACUCAACAGAUGCCCUUUCAGAGUUGUUGAUGAAAUAAAUCAGGGAAUGGAUCCAGUUAAUGAAAGGAGAGUCUUUGAUGUGGUAGUAGAAAAUGCCUGCAAAAAGAGCACUUCACAAUACUUCUUUAUUACACCAAAGCUGUUGCAGAAUCUCAGUUACGGAGAAAAAAUGACCAUAUUAUUGGUCUACAAUGGAUCAUCUAUGCUAGAAUCAAACAAGUGGGACUUAAAAGCUUUCUUUAGAAGGAGGCGGAGAUUUCAACCAUGAUUAGCAGUAAAAUAUAUAUUCCUUUUUGAAACUGAAAAGAAAAAUAUUUGGAAAGAUCAAGAAUGAAUGUAUUUCUUAAAAGCACAAUUUCUCUCUUGUAAAAGCCAUUGAUAGCCAAUGUUUUAUAAGACUGAAACACUAACCUUUUCUUUUAUGCUCAUUUUUCUCUGAAGAACUGUAGAUAUCAAUUUGGAGGAUAAAUUGAUAAAGGAUAUAUUUUCUUAUCAGCGAUCAAUUGUUUUAGAUGAAUUUGAGAAAAAAAAUGUUCUGCCAGUUGUUCACAACUUGGAAACCUUAAUUACAUUUGUUAUAAUAUGCCUUAUAAAUACAGCCUUUGAAUUAACUGGUAAACUGGUAGGUUCACCAAAUCUGUUCAACAAAGUUUAACUGUUUAAAUAUCUGUUCUCCAUAACUAUGAGAUACUGAACUAUGAAAAGUAGUCUUUCCAAUUGCUGCUAAAUGAUGAUCUUAAUUGUGUUCUGGAAGACUAAAAUAAUUUCAAGAAUUUCUGAAAUAUAUAAAAUAUACAGUGUCUUUUUAUCUUAAUCUUAGAAGCAACCACUUGUUUGAUUGGGUAAUUUUAUACGAAGUACCAUUCUUACAACAUGGGAUAUAUUUACAUUUUGUUCCAUAUGUUUGUCUUUUUUAUAGGGAAAAAUACCAAAUCUCUUUUUAUAUAAUAAAUAUAUAUGGGAAAUAGUAA